AUGUUUACCACGAGCAAGAAGAUCCUAAAGGAUAAGGGUGCAGAACCGACUGAGUUGGAAGACACUGUGGCUCAGGCUACAUUCUUUGAUCUGGAGAAUGCGAACCAGGAGUUGAAGAGUGACUUGAACGAUCUUUACAUUAAUUCAGCAGUGCAAAUCGAUAUGCCUGGCAAUAGGAAAGCUGUUGUUAUUCACAUUCCAUACAGGCUGCGAAAAGCCUACAAAAAGAUUCAUGUUAGGCUGGUUAGAGAACUGGAAAAGAAGUUCAGUGGGAAGUUAAGUCUAUUAAUUGAAGAUGUUUAUGUCAAAUUGACUAACUAUAAGAUUUGA